AGCACACCCUGGCGUCGUUCGCUGCCGAUGGCCGCAGCCGCGCGGCUCCCCGCGUCUGACGGCGACGGGGCCGGCCGGCACCCCCGGGGCACAACGAAGGCCCUCCGCCUUGGAGGCGUCGCCUCCACCCCUUGGGAGGCCCAGAAAUAAGGAGCGGCGCCGUCCGCCAAGAAACUCUCCCCCAUCCUCCCUCGCGCUGCAGCCGCUCGGAUGGCCUCAAGAGAGGACGGCACUGUGCCGUCCGCCAAGCGAAAAGCGCCGGCGGCGAUUGACAGCGGUGUCUCCAAGAAGCCCCGAACUAGUCGCACCUCUCAGGCUGAAUUGACCGUGGUGCAACGCACGGACAACGACAUGCUCGUGAUCGAGACGAGCUGGAGCGGAUCGGUGCUAAGCGGCAGGAGGAGGGUGAGCGCCGGUGCCAAGAAGGAUGCGAAGCGUAAGAACAGCGGCGGCAAAGGGAAGAAGUUGAAGACGCUUGCCAAGAGAAAGCGCGUCAAGAGCACGGCCUCCAAAAGAGCAGAGACGAGCGAUAAUUCGAGCAAGUUUGUGUUGGAGGUCGACAAGGCCGGAGGCUCGGGUUCCAAAAGAGAACCUAUGGGGGAGGAAGACGUCGGCUGGGGGACGCGUCUACCCGAGGCGGUGCUCGUCAUGAUUUUCCAGUGCGUCGUGGACGAGGAUGGUCCCGUCCCGUUCCUCUGCAGGGCGGCGCGCGUUUGCUGGCUGUGGCGUGGCGCCGCGGCGAGCCCUGUGCUAUGGCGCCGGGUGCAGAUCUCGCGCUGCUGUGUGGAGCCGCAGCUGAUGGGUCGCUCCUCCUCCAAGAGCCAGAUUAAAAGCACCCUCUCCUGGCUCGUCUCAAACAGGCUGCCUCUGAUGCAGGAGUUUCAUCUGAGUGGCUGGAAUGACCAGGAGAUGGUGGACUACGCCAUACGGGUUGUGAGCUCGGAGUGCCACCAGCUGUCGUGCGUGCGCCUCAAUCGCUGCGCCAAGCCGGGCAACGAGACGCUGCUGCUGCUCGGCCAAUCCUGUGCCGGACUGCACAGCCUGGACCUCAAGGACACCAGCGUGGAGAUAUCUUCUGCCGUCGCGUUUCUGGAGGCUGCUGGCGAUCGCCUACAGAGGCUGUGGCUCACAGCAUCGAACAACCUGAACGGCAUCCUCACAGCAAUUUCCAGCAACUGCCCGGCACUGCGUGUGCUGGAGGUGGACACGCGGAUGCCUAUGAGCCCCGAGAUGUCGGCCCACAAGCUGCCCACGCUCAGCUUCCCCUUCACGCGACUCCAGAAUGGCUGCCCGCACCUGCAGGUUCUGCGGCUGAUGAACAUGUGCAUAACGCCAUCGGGCCGCGUGCAACUGGACCAGGACACGGGCGGCUUCCCUGAGCUGCAGGAGCUCAGCCUGGCCACCAUGGACCGCUCCUCCAUGGCGGACACCACCCUGUGGCAGCUGCUGCACCGCUCACCCCGGCUGCGGCUGCUGGACCUGCGCGGCUGCCCCUCCAUCACGCCCAAGUGCCUGCUGCAGCUGCCCUGCUACGACCUCGAGGAGUUGUACCUGGGCCUGUACCUCGGCACGGCAUGCGAGGCGCGGCUCAAACGCGACGUGCAGCUCGUGCUCGCUCGCUGGGCCCACAGCCUCUCGGCGCUCGACGUCAACUCCCAGCCCUGCCGAGAGGCCGAGCUGGAGGAGGGCCUCCUCAGCCUGGCGGCGCCGCGCGCGGCCAGUCGCCUCGAGGCGCUCAACCUCGCGGGCACCGUGGCCACCGUCGCCGGGGUCAGUGCCGUGCUCCGGCACUGUCCUCGGCUGUCAUCUGUGAACCUCACGUCAUGCCGGAAUCUACCGCGGGGGCUCAAGAGGCUGCACCGCACCCCGGCCGAGCUGCAGGAGCUGCGGGAGAGGCUCUUGCCAGGCCCCGCAGAGUGACGCGGUGCUGUGAGCUCCACGCGAGGGCUCCCCCAUUCAUUAUCCGCCCAUCACCCAUCCAACGUCUCAUCAGACUUUCCCUUGCUGCCUGCCCACACGCAUAUGCACUCAGGAUGAGGUUUCGAUAACAUUUUGGAUUGUUAGGGGCAAUUUUGGAUCAUGUGUUAUGGAAUUUUCGGAUUAUGCAGUUUAUUUAAUAGUUAACACGUCUUUGUCCUAACAGGUGUCACACGAUGCCACGUAGUUUGGUUCUGGAUCGAGUGGGCCGGUUCAAAGCCACGCUCAACUUGAGGUAGCUCUGAGCAUGGUCCGAGCUGUGCUCAGGAUUCCCACGAGUUGAGACUCAGCCAAGCCAUGGCCGAGCCACCCGUGUCUUUGGAAUACAGAAACUAUCGCUUGCCUCGAUGCAGUUUGAUUACACUUCAUCUGUGGUGCUCAUGAGAACUAAAAUUAGGUUUUGUACCUUUGUAAAACUUUUUUUUUUCAGUAAAUUCCACCAUUCACCGGUGUUAUUAUUUACAUUUAGCAAUAUCCCGCAAGACUACAGAACAUAUGUAGAGAAGGCUCUUUGGAGGCGGGCCUCAUGUGCCUACCUCCGGCACCUGAUUUAAUGCACCCACAAUGCCGCACUGUCUUUUUAGCGGAGCACAAAAGUCCAGGAUAGAGGGAGGGACAAUGGCUCCCCCACCAAGCCCCAGUAUUGGAGCCUGGUCCUUGGUAGAGGGCCAACACCUCGCUCCAGGUCACUACUUCUCCUGGCUGCCUCGUACCCUGGCACGCUGCUGAUUUACUGUGCUGCCGAGCUCUGGAUGCUGCCACUUGGCGUCCAAGGUUCCCAUUGUCAGGUGUGGAUAUUUUAUAGAUCUGCUGUGGGAGAGUGUUAAUUAACUCCACGACAAGAGGAAAGGGAUAAAUACACUGGCACUUGUUCUACCUUCGCUGUAAUUCGACUUUCUUAGUUAAUGGUGGCACUAGCCUAUGCUGCUUCCGAUCAUACAGUGCAGAGACGGAAGUGAGGGGUUGUGGGUAGAGUGUGGAUUAAGUCAGGUGGUGAGGGUAGGACACAUGAAGCCUGCAUCCAAAGAGCCUUCCCUGCAAGCGGAUAUUGCUAAAUGUACAGAAUAAGAAGACCGGUGUACGGCGGAAUUGUAAUGGGAAAACGCGUCUCGUAUAUCAUGGGCAGGGCAAUCGCAGUCCGGGCACUGGGGAGUUUGGUGCCCUACCGCGUUUAGAGGUGGCGGAGGAGGCGGUGGUCUCCCAGGUACCUCGCUUUGUGUAUCUACGUGGUGCCCACUGGUGCUAUAGGAGCCACGUUACCCGUGGGGGUGUUCUCUCAUCAAGGUUUGAGCCUUGUGGAAGGGGCCCAGCUUUGAAAGGACCAGGAUCCAUCCUCCAUGGUGCUAUGACCCCCAUCGUCAGAAGACCUGCCUAUUUUUCUGCGCACGUAUAUUUAACAUAACACGAAGGCGUGCUACUCACAAACAGCAGAGAAGGCACGACUCCCAUCGUGGCUUGAAUGCUUUGUCAUGUGACCACCACAUUGUAAAACGCACUCGGCCCUUGCGGUUUGUGAGCGGCAACACUUUUGGAUUUUAAUUCUCCUGCAAACUGCUCCCCGGAUUCACCUUUUGCAGGAAAUCAGUGUCGCGUGUUGCUUCCUGUCUGAGGCCACAAACACGAAGACGAGUGUAAAAGUGUAAAGUUCGUCCUCGCAGAUAUUUCCUGUCGAUGGAUUUGUGUUUCCCCGUGACCUCUUUGUUGGCAGAGUGACUAUGUUGGUCCCAAGGUGACCCCCGUGGAGCAGUUGUGAAGUGCUGUCCAGUAGUGACGGCACCCCGGUGGCAAGGUGUAAACUACCUCGCCUGGUAUACAGGUCGCGGAUUCGAUCCCGACCAUGACGCCAGUAUAUUUGGAGUUUGCAUGUCUCCCCGUGGUCGAAUGAAUUUUUCUCCGGGUCCUCUGGUUUUCCCUUCCACAUUUAGACUCAACAUGCAUGUAGAGUAUUUGGCUGCUAUAGUUUUCCACACGAUAAACCACUUUGUCUCUCAUUUGUGGGAAGGUCGCUUCUGAAAAAGAGCUACAUAGCUCAGUGGGCCUUGCCUGGUAAAAUAAAAAUAGUUUAGUUUUUUUACAAUGUCAGGCUGUUCCCUAAACCUCAUUAAGGCUCCAUCGUCUUCACUUUUAUGCUUUUUACAUGUAAGAAUUGGGUCCUGUGGGAUUAUGGUGCUCAAUAUUGUGUGUAAUGGAUACAUUUGAAUUUUUUAAAUGGUUACUGUUUUGAUCGAUGGGCUAGAACAUAAAUUUGUAUGAAGCCAACUAAAAAAAAUUGUGUAAUGUGUGUCAUGUU